AGUGCAAACGUCUUUCAAUUCAGGAACUCCGAAACAACUGAAGGAAUAGCUUCUUGGUUCGCUGCCCGCGGGCAGACCACCUUGUGUGUAAGUAAGAUUUUUUUUUCUGUGUUGCUUCAACAACCUUGCCUCCUCCUUUUUUCUUGUUACGACUACCUCAGUCCUCGCUUCUGGUGCUGUAUCGUGUAUAUAUCCAUAUAUUCAGGCACGCGUGCAGGCUCCGUCUCGGCGAGUUUUAUUUUUGUUGCAGUUGCCCUCCACGGUUUCUCUUCUUCUUUUUUCGCGAUUAACCUCGCCCGAUUCUCUCUUAUAUUUUUUCUUUCCCCAUUUCUGCGUUUGUUGUAGAUCUGCUGCCGUCGGGUGCCCUCCUCCCAAAGUGUUUGAUGCACGCACGUGCGUCCCCCUCCCCCCAACACUGUCAUCUUGCCUAUUGUUUCUUUCUCUCUUCUCAUUUAAAGCCCCUUAACUCUGCCGCACCUUCGCUAUUCCUUGAACGUAUCUCCCAAUUCCCAAUUCCCGUUUCUCGGUGCCUUAGUUGUCUCCUCCUUUUUUUUUUUUCUCUCUCUCGUUGCAGGAAGCGGUUCGAAGAGAAUUCGCUGUCUUUCUUCACGCACGGACCACCGAAUACGCAACGCCCAUGUCCGCACCAGGAGACCAGAUAUCAACACACGCGGCGGGGGCCUCGGGGCCUGUUGGCCGUCCCAGCAGCUGGACCGCGCACCGCCGUCCCUCCCGGCGCGCCUCCAUCUCUGCCGUCGCCCGCGCCGCCCACCCCGUCGAACUGCAGGUGGAGACGAUGUCAUCCGUCUCCACGCGCGCCUUUCUGUACACGUGGUAUGCGGUGCUCAUCAUCGCACUGGUGGUGGAGUCGAACGUGGGCCUACAGUGGGUGAGUCGUAACUUCUGCGGGGAUGCGACGGUGUCCGCCUAUCACCUGGAGGAUUGGAACAGCACUGCAUGUCUGAGCUGGGAGGCGUACUGGAUACGACCUCGCGACGGACAGCGCAGAUACUGUACUGUUGGCGAUGCGAGGGAUUGUGAAGCUGGUGAUGCGGAUGCCGUGCUGCAGUGGAGGAGCGACCAUGUUGUGGGCGGGAGCGCGGAUGCGCUGGUUGUGCCGCUUCCUGUCAGGGGCGUAAUAGCCGAAGACGAGGCUGACGGGUUAGCAUUACGUACAGGUGGCAGCGAUGAGGGUAGAAAUCGCGGAUGUCCACCGUCAACGGGGCUGCCCAUUACCACCACUGGUUCAACGGAGUCGCUGCGAAGUAGAAGGAGUGCGCCACGAGGUCUCCACAGCGAGAGGAAAGCACCAACGGCGACAAUGACCACCACAGCAUCCUUCUCCACGCCAGCGCCUCGACCGACCAUGCCCCCGCUGCACCGCGUUUAUAAGCUUCGCUGGACAGCCGAGGCGCUCAGCGGUGUUAUGGACCGCGAGCUGAAUCGCUUUCUACACGUCUUCAUCAGCCUCGCCUCUCCCCUUUUCCAUCCACCAGCACCAUCGGCACGGAGGGGCACAUCCGGCGGCGCAAGCGAUCCCCCUCCUCCCCUCUGGAAGACGUACGAGGUUCUGGUGGCGCUCGAGGAAACAUCCGUCGCACCGCUAAACAUGAGCGGCGCACGCAUCGACGUGAGGGACGGUAACAGUGCGACGACUUCGGGAAUGCCGCGUGCUCCGCUCUUCUCCUUUUUUUUCGCUUCCUCUUCCUCCAGCAGUGCGUCGUCGUCACUGCCGCCCACCUCCUCUUCUUCGUCCGACGGCAACGGCUCCAAGUACAUCUACACCUACCGGGAAAGCGUGACGUGUUGGCGCACAGCACUGCGUUGCAGCAACAUCGUUCUGCCGUCGAGCGUCGUCAUCCCAACAAAUCGCAGCCGGCUGACGAUCACGCUGAUCGACGUGGAUGCUGAACUUGCAGAGGCGACUGUGCGGGCCUCGGCGGCAGCCUUCACCGCCGCGACAAACAGAGGCGGCUUCGGCGCCUUCGCAGCGUGCGGCAACACGGACCUCUCUGGGGCUUCUCUCAUCGCCAGAGUGCGCCGUGCGGUGCAGAGUGUGUUGCGCGCGCCUUCUACGCCCACCACCGGCGUCGGUGUGAUGUACCAGCGCGCGAAGUACACCAUCGGCAUCAUCGUCGUCCGCUACCUCUCUCUCUUCAUCGUCCUUGUCGGCGCGCUGCGCUUUCUGCAUCGCAGCCGGCAGGCCGAUCAGAUGCUCUAUGAACAGAAGUGGACGCUCGCCUUGCAACUCGGGCUAAUCCUCUACUUGAAUCCGCUGUACUGGUGGUGCAUCUACGCCGCAGAAAAGGCGCGGGGCGGCAGUAAGCAUAUGAUGGAAGGUGUGGACAAUGCCGGCAUGACCUCUGAUGCCUUUUCGCAGGAGCGCGGCUUUACUCCCAUGUCGCUGUGGCACCUAGCUCUCUACUACGUCGAGUUCCACGUCCCAACAUACUUUGUCGCCUUGACGGUGUGCUACGUUUGGGGGGUCAUUGCCGGCUCGUUUCGAUGGAGCUUGGCGGCGACGGAGGCGUCCUCGCAGCGCGCAGCUGCUACAGCGGCAUCGGCUUCUCCGGCUUGUCCAUCCUCCGCAGCGCCAUCAGCCGACGUGCACGCCCCGCUCCGAGACACGAGCACCGACGAGCACUCUGCCCAGGUGACGGUGCCGCUUACCGUGACCGUGUCCGGAUCGCAGCCGGCGCGCCGUCGUGUGCACGUGCUGAUGGUACUGUACGUGCUCGCCGUCGCAUCGCUGGACACCAUAAAGUGCUGCCUCGAGGAAGAUGGUCCGACGGGUGGGUGGAGUGAGGUGAGCUGCCGCACGACCCGUUGCUUGGCGGUUCAGAGAGCUACCUUGUAUGUACUGGUGGGGGGUAUCCUCUCCAGUGGCGUCGGCCUGUACUGGCUGCGCCGCAACCUGGCCCGCCACCCCUACCUCUCCACACGCCCUCAGCAGCUUGCCUGCCGCAUCAUGAUCUUUGUCUAUUUCACCGGUGGCUUGUACUGCGCGGUGCAGGCGCUGCUGCUGGAAACGCUGUACGCUCAUCUUAUCGCAAUCAUCUACUACCAACCCCUCGUGCAGCUGUCCCAUCUGCUGGUGCUAACCAGCUUCGUCGCCCACAUGACCUACGUGUACACCACGACGCAGUCCUCGCUGCAGAUCCCGUUGCGGCCGAGCGACCCGCGCUGGAAGACGGUGGGGUGGUCGUCGCGGUGGUAUCGCUGGCUGGAUUGGCACGGCGGUAGCCUCUACGUCUUCUUCAACGAGGAGGAGGAGCGGCGGUUUUUCGAGGUGCAGGUGGCCUACCAACUUGCAAAGCGCGAACGCAAGGAGCAGCGCAAGCGAAGCAACAAAGAGAGGAAAGCAACGCGUGACGAGGCGCAGCAGCAGCCGGACCAGGAUCGAGUAUCGCUUCUCCGCGGUAGCGGCGGCGCGUUGGAAGACGAAUUCGAUCCGACCAACACGGCUGAUGAGCAUGGGCGUUGUGCGGCGUGCCAAAGCCACGGCUGCUUUCUUUCGCGUUUCAGCGACGCACAAGGCGGGGCCGAACGAGGCGCUCCAACCCCACGUUGCUUUCCAGACGACUCGUGUACGACGGCGUCCGCACGCGGCAACGCUACACCGUCCGCGCCACCGCUUUUCUCCAUUCCCACCAACACCCCCUCUGCGCUUCCCGAGCCGGCGGAGACGGACUGGCUGCAGUGGCCGCAGGGCCGCUUGCCGGAGCGACGCCGCUCGCUGUCGACAGCCACGCAGCCGUCCAGCAACUCGACCGAGAGCAACGGGCUCCACGAUCAUCCCAAUCAUGGGAAGGAGGAGGAGGAGGAGUGGAAGAGCGAGGAAGACGACAGAGUCGCGCCGUCAGAGGAGGGCAGGGUAGGCAGCGUGCACGAAGGUGUAGGUGCGGGAAGGCAACCGCCGUCGUCGGCACCUGCAGAGGCGUCUCCGUUUUCUCUGGGCGUCACCCCCGGUACAACGAGGAGGGACGCAAACAGCGGUGGCGGCGGCGUUGACCACCACAGCAGCAACAGGGAGACGUCUGCGAAGGAGCGCGUGCCAUCUCACCGCGUGCUCAGCCGCGUCUCCAGUCGCGUGUUGGAUGCGUUGCACAGUGCAGAAAGCCGCCUCGUCGACGGCACCGCAACCUUCGUCGAUCUGCUCGCCGAGAAGUGCGUGGACCGCCCACUGCAGGUGCUGCUGCGCCAGCGCGCACGUCAGCGCUUUGUCUUCUUCAAUCUCGAGACCGCCAUCGACUGCUUGAAUCUGUCACGUGAGGCGUACGCCGUGCAGGAGAGCCGCGGCGACGAUCUCAUUCGCACCGGUAUCCAGGUGGACGCCGGUGAGGUGCCGCGGGCUGCGCUGACACUGAUGGAACGGGCGGCGGUGGCGCUGUUCGGUUUGUGCUUUAACAAGUCGCCGUUGGAGCCGCCUGCUGUGCAAGAGGCGGUCGUGGUGGUAGAUGACGAUGACGGGGGAGCUGGUGGGGUGGCCAGUGCUGAGCGUGCGCCGCUCUUGAACCGUCAGCCGGCCGCUUUGUCGGAGACGGCGUGCACACCGAAUACUGACCGAAGCUGGCUGCCCUCGCUCGCUUCUUUAAAAAAGGGCGGAGACACGGAUACCGCCUCCCCGACGAGAUCAGUUGAGGCGGCCGAGCGUUACGCAACACCCACUGGCCGGCAACCGCGCGGCUCGCCCCGAGCAGCGGCCACUCGUGCCUCCACCUCCGUCCCUCGGUCAGCCCAGCCACCUCAGCCACCGCUGCUGUUGAUGCCGCCCAUGGACAUCGAGAAGUACGGCUACCGCCCCGUCGCCGUCUUCGACACGCGGGGAGUUCAAGUGGUGGUGGCGCGCAUGGACGUCUCCGGAGCUUGCCCCGUACACACCGGCAAGUACCCCCGUCUCACCAUCGCCUUUCGCGGGACGGAUAACGUGGCGAAUGUGCUGGUUGACAUUCGGUUUCGCCAGCGGACAUGGAAGGAGAUGGAGACGCCGACGCUGCUGCCGCGGGCGACGGUGCACAGCGGGUUUCUCGAGUUGUGGAUGUCGUUGAAGGAGGCGGUGAUGGACGUGGUGCUGAGGGAGCUGCGCAGUCAACCCGCAGGAUCCCGCGAGGAUGAGCAGGGGAAUGAGCCGAUGGCGGACGCCGCGGAGGCAGGUGCACCCCCUGCGGGCGCCGACGCAGGUCGCAGCGACACUCUUCGCGGCGCGGCUCCCUUUUCGCCGCACUGGUCCGUCCCGGCAAGCCGCCGUGACCAAGAGCGCGGUCGCUCAGGCUUUUUGCGCAUCUACGUCACGGGUCACAGCCUCGGUGGCGCUCUCGCCUGCCUGUGCGCCUACAGCCUGCGCCGGAUGCUGUUGCUGAUUCAAUACCCAGAGCCGGACGUCGCCGUCUACACCUUUGGGCAGCCGCGAAUUGGUAACUCGGUGUUCAAGCAGCACUACAACCAUGCCGUCCCCCGCACCUUUCGUGUAGUCAACGAGAGCGACGUCGUGUCGGGCUUUAACGUGCUCGGCGGGCACCACGUGGGGGUGCAAGUGAAUGUGGACCGGCACGGCAACUACAUUUGCAAGCCGAUGUACAUCGAGCGGCUGCUGCGACCAACGCGCGGGCGUGGGCUGGCCCUGCUGAACCACAAGUUAGCGGCGUAUGCAAACUCGCUGAACGCGGUGGCGGACGUGUACGCCGGCGGCGCCUGCCCGGUGCGGUGCUUAGAGUCGUACAUGGAGGACAUCGUGUCGGUCAGCAGCUCCGAGGUGGACGAGGGUGACGCGGAGGAGACACUCCAAGCGGCACGGCUGCCCCAGCGGGAAGAGGUGGAGGAAGAGGAGGAUCGUGCCGCUGCCUAA